GAAGCCUGUGAGCAGCAGAGAGAAGCAGUCAAAUCACGAGACUGAACCUUCCCAGGAGAAUCGGGGAGCUCUUCCACACAGGAAACUGGUUUUAGAAAGGCUGUACAAUGUCCGACUUUGACAGCAACCCGUUUGCAGACCCGGACUUCAGCAAUCCCUUUCAGGAUCCUUCGGUGACGCAGGUGACCCAGUCUGCCCCUCCUGGUGGUCUGGAGGAGUAUAACCCCUUCACAGACGCCAGAACGGCAGCACCUGGAAAUGCCCCCAAAUCUGCUCCUACCCCUGCCCAGAACACACAACCCGCCAUCAUGAAGCCCACAGAAGAGCCGCCGGCUUACUCACAGCAACAGACUCAGCGGCGUAAUGAGGACCAAGCACGUGCCCAGGCUGAGCUGUUGAGAAGGCAAGAGGAGUUAGAGAAGAAAGCAGCAGAACUUGAUCGCCGGGAGAGAGAGUUACAGUCCCACGGAGCCGCGGGAGGUCGUAAGAAUAACUGGCCUCCUCUGCCAGAGAAGUUCCCUGUUGGUCCCUGUUUCUACCACGAUAUCGCAGUGGACAUUCCCGUAGAGUUCCAAAAGACCGUCAAGAUCAUGUACAAUCUUUGGAUGUUUCAUACAGGCACACUCUUUGUGAAUAUGUUCGGCUGUCUUGCUUGGUUCUGUGUGGAUGCAUCUCGUGGUGUAGAUUUCGGCCUGGCCAUGCUCUGGUUUCUGCUGUUUACUCCGUGUUCUUUUGUCUGCUGGUACAGACCACUUUACGGGGCUUUCAGAAGUGACAGCUCAUUCCGCUUCUUUGUCUUCUUCUUCGUCUAUAUCUGCCAGUUUGGAGUUCAUGUUCUACAAAGUAUCGGCAUCACUGGCUGGGGAACAUGUGGCUGGAUCGCUGCUCUAACUGGUCUAAACACCAGCAUCCCAGUGGGUAUCAUCAUGUUACUGAUCGCAGCUCUGUUCACUGCACUGUCUGUGGGUUCACUUAUUAUGUUCAAGAAGGUGCACGCACUGUACCGCACCACUGGUGCUAGUUUUGAGAAGGCUCAGCAGGAGUUUGCCACUGGGGUCAUGUCUAACAAGACCGUUCAGACUGCAGCUGCCAACGCUGCUGCUAAUGCUGCAACCAACGCUGCUCGUGGAGCCUUUAAGGCUCAGCCAUAAACACGCGUAUAAACACAACACACAUACACAUACACACAUGCUAUGUCACAUAUACAAGCUAAUGAACACACUAAGUUGAAGGUGCAUAACUCUGGCCCUGGAGCAAUCAGAUCCAUUUAAUUUUUUUAUGAAUGUUGUUAUUAUAAGGUUGCCCUGCAUACCUUGUUGAAAAUGUGCAAAUUAUUUUAUGAAGCAUUGAUGAGAAAGAAAUUAAUCAAAUUAAAUGGCCAGAGUUGUGUUUCUUCAGUGAAAUGAAGUUUCAGUAAAAAACUCUCCUACAUUCUCCCCGUCUGCUUUUCAGUCAGAUGACUGUCUGCUCACAACCUUUGAAACAUCCACUAAGUGACUUAGUGUAUGUUUGACCUGGUGGUCUGCUCUGAGUGAGUGAGACUUCAUCUCAAACUUUGUCGCUCAGUUCUGUGCUUUCCCUCUACUUUUGUCACCUUGAGGUGAUCCUAGGUCAGGCAGAGGUCGCAUUUCUAGCAUACCUUAUUUUUGUCAUGGUGAUGACCUCCAAACAGCCUCCUGCCUGGUUAUACUACAGUCAUGAAGAGUGAUAAUUGGAUCAUGAUGUUUUGCACAUACUAGUUCUGUUUUCUUUGUCCGAUACUGAAGGUACUGUGUGUGUUUGAGUGGCUGGGCCUGUGCGUGUAUGCAAACCUCACUUUAAGAAAGCUCUGAUUCUUUUGUUAUCCAGAGCUUGGUAACUGAGAUCUGAAAGGUAAAUUAUACCUUGUCCCAUAUCUGUGCUUCUAUUCUGAGACAAAUUAUCAUUCUGGUGAUUCAUAUAAAUAGGAAUAUGUUCUUAUGUAAGAACCUGCUCACAGCCCCAGUAGAGCUCAACUGUCAGUUGAACAAUUAUUCACACUUGUGUGCUACUUUGAUCGGCAAUGUGGGCAUCUUUGUGGCUUACUAAAACUUGACAGCAUGACAAGAACAUGCAUGUUUAGCACACUUCUGGUAGCUAUUUGUUUGGCAAAGUUAUUCUGUUCACUGUUAGCCUUUUCUCUGGCUACAGACGGUGGCUGGUUUUGGGGUAACGUCUGCCUACUUGUAUCCCUCGGUUUCUGUGAAAAGUGAGCUGUAAAGUGACUGCAUGUUCCAGUGGCUGUCUGAUUGAUUGAUUAAAGUUUUGGAUUUAUUUGAGUAGACACACUGAAACCACCCAGGCCAGUAGGUCACCACCACAAAAAGGAUCAGUCACUUGCAUUGCCAUCUUGGUGCACUAAAAUGAAAGACAAAGUAAAGAUAUGAUUGCAUUUUUUCUUUUGUGUAUGUAUGACACUAACAGACUACUAUGUGGCUCUCUCCUUAAACUAACGCUGCUAUGAAUGAGAGUGGGUAAGUUGUGGCCUCCUGCUCUCAUGUUUAAAGACACGUACAGCACCAUACAAGGGGGAGAAGUUAUCUGCCUUUUUCUCAUAGAAGAACAUAUGGACAGUGAUUAAGCUAUGAUUUAUCUUAAGAUUAAUCUGCAGACAUACAACAGUAAAACGUUGAUACUGUAUAUACAUAUGGACGCGACAAAGACUAAAGAGUCUGCAUUUUUACAACAGAAAAUCACUACUCUUUCAGUGUCACAUUACUGGAUUCAGAAGUUUCAAAGCCUACAUGAGCAUUAAGAUAACAGAGGAAUUUGACUUCAUGCACAUGCAGUGAUAUUAAUAUACUUUAAUUUAUAAACCAUAAUAACAGUGUUGUUCAGCACUAAGUUGUACAGACUACUGUCACAGAAGUGAAUAAUGGAUGUGGGUUCCAUUUGUGUCAUGCUUUAGCACCUCAUUGUGGUGGUGAGUGAGUGAAGCUGUGCAUGAUAGAGGACUGAUAACUGGUACUGCUUUAUUACAAAUGUAUGAACAUUAUAGAGGACUAAAUACUCCGGAGAGUGUUACAAAUGUAAAGGUCAUUGAUUCAUACUGGAAUGAUAAGCUGACAUCUUGGCAGUAUUCUUUUUGUUUGGAAGUAUUUUGUUUGAAAUUCAUUGCACAUUUCUUGUUUUAUGUUGACCUUAGUGCAAAAGACAAACAUGUUUUUAUUUAUGAUGUAAUUUAAGUUUGUUUGCAUUUCAAUUUUUGGGGUUUGAUUUGACAUUCUGUAUUAUGUUUGUGUGGUUUUGUAAUGACAUGAUCAUAGCAACAGCUAGAUUGAAAAGUGUUAAAAAAAUUUGAUCCUGCGGGAGGAGUGUUUGUGUGGACGAGGAUGUGUGUAUGAUCAGUAUGAAAGGAUUAAAAAAAAUCCCUCAAGUGUUAUUCUAUGUCCUGAAAAGCUGUGAGAAAUCUACCAAAUUUCCAUCUAGAUUUUAAAAUCUUGGUUUGUGAUGUGUUCCCUUGCCACGUUUUACUUUAGGAUAAUACACAACAUUUCUUUGCUGCAAACACCCACAUGUUUCUCAUACAUCCAUAGUUUGAACUGUUGCUAAAUGAAGCCAUGCCACAGUUGGUGACUCCGUGAUGUAUUUGGCGAGCUGCUCUGCAGAACAGAACUACGUAUCUGAAGUUUGCUGACACUUAAGUGUGUUUUUGACCUGUGACCAUGAUAUUUCAUUGAAUCAGAGAAGAAACUCAUUCAAAAAAGGGACACUUGUAUAUUUUGUAAAGUUUGAUCCCCAUUAUCAAUCACAUGUAAAAAGAAAAAUGUAAUGCACUCUUGUCUGGCCUUUGUUGCAUGUGAAAUAGUUUGAGUUUUGUAUAUUUAUGGUAUUAACAUGAAAUAAAAUUUGAAAGAAAUA